AUGAAUAAAGAAUCACGCUAUGCAUAUGUAACAAUUCAAAUUAUUUUCACUAGACAAAAUCUUCUAUGUCUCCAAAUAAGAAUUAGAGAUCUUCUGAAGCUAAUGCUACUUAUUCCACUGGUUUUUCUAAAAAAACAACUUACAAACCAAAUUAAUCAAAUCAAACACCUCUUUCAAGUUAAUUACCUGAAAUUACUAAAAAGAAAGCUAAAAAUGAUGUACUUUGUUAUUCACAAGAGUUUCAAGAUAUACUUUAAGUUGAAAUUGAUGAAAGGUAAUCAAUCAAUUCUUACUUACUUAAGGUAUCGAUAUUUAGUUAAAAAUGGAACCAUCAAAAAGAUUGAAAAUGGAGGUAACAUUAUAUUCUCUGAAUUAUAAUAAAUACCUGGCAUAUGGGUUUGUUAUAGAAGACCUAUGGAAAGAGCCAAUAAUUUAGAAAAAUUAAGUCUUGAUUACUUAGAUUUAACUCAUAUGCCUCUAUUAGAAGGAGAAGAAAAGUUAAAAAUAUUAACAUUUUAACAUAAUAGAAUUAACUCUAUUCAAAAUCUUGUUUCCUUACCCAAUCUCUUAUAUCUUGAUUUGUAUGAUAAUUAAAUUAAAGAAAUUGAUGAAUUGAAAUAAGUUUAAAAAUUAAAAGUUUUAUUGUUACCUAAAAAUUAAAUCAGAAGAAUAUAAAAUUUAGAUCAUCUUAGCAAAUUAGAAGUUCUAGAUCUACAUAGCAAUCGAAUUGUUAAUUUAGAAGGAUUAAAUAAAUUAAAAAGUCUUAAAAUUUUGAAUGUUGGUAACAAUCUUAUUACCAAAUUGGAAGCGCUUGAAGAAUUAAACUCUUUAAUUGAACUUAAUAUCAAAAUGAAUUAAAUUGAAAAUAUAGAUCAUUUAUAAGGUAUUUUUAUAUUUCUCAUUUAGUAAUUCCUUAAUUAUAAAAAUUAUUUAUGUCCCAAAAUAAGAUUAAUUCUUUUCCUUGUAUUUUUAAUUUAUCAGAAUUAUCCCUUGAAAAUAAUCCUAUCUAAACUAAUAAAUCUGAUUAUUAUAGAUAUAUUUGUUAAACUUUUGAGUCUUUAAAAAUAUUAGAUGGAAAACCUAUUGAAUAAAUAAAAUAAGAGAUCUUAUUUUCAGAAAUCCCAAAAACUGAACCAAUUAAAAAAAAAACUAUUAAUCAAUAACAAUAAUAAUAAUAAUAAAUUCAAUAAUAGUAAAAACCAAAAAAACCUAAUUAAAUGGGCCUUGAAAUUCUUGGUGUAGCCUCAGAAUUUAAAACUAAAGAUGAAAUUGUACCUUUUGCAUAAAUUAAAAAAGAACCAGUCACUUAUAAAAAUUCUUUACCUCUAUAGCAAUAACAACCACUUAGAGAAACUAUACCAAGUUAAAAGAAUUCUUUGACUAGUACAGCUGCUGCUUAAGAAGAUGAUAUUUUAAUUUUAAUUAAAAAAUAAUGGACUGCUGAAUAUAAAAGAAUUUAAUUGUUAGAAAAAAAUAAUUAAUUAAAUAAAAAAAGCUGUCUUGAACAUCAACUUGUAGAAGGAGGACAUGCUGAAGUUGAGGAUGUAUACCUUUGUGUAUAAUAUUUAGGAUGUUUUUUUGCUGAUAUAUGGCACUGCAUCAGCUAUGGUAUUACCAACUUAAAAUUUUAGCUAAAUUAUUGAAAAAAUUCAUUUUUAAUAUGUAUUUUUUGAUUCUAUUAUUGACACAUAAUUACCAAUUUUAAAAGAAUAUUCAAAAUUAAGAGAAUUAGUUUUAAAAGAUAAUUAUAUUAAUAGUCUAUUACAAUUAGCCAAAUUAGAAGUAUUAAUUUUAUUCAUCUAUUUUUAAAGCAUUUAAAUGAAAUUCAAAAAUUAACAAUACUCAAUAAUCCAAUUAAUAAUUGUUCUUUCAUGUUUUAAUUUUUGGUUUAUAGAUUUCCAUCUAUGAUUUAAAUAAAUGGUAAAGAUGUCAGAAAUGAUGAUCGAUAAAAAGUAUUGAUUUUUCUUAAACUUAGGCUAAACAUUUAUUUUCCAAUUUUGAUAAAUCUUUGUAAAUUCCAGAAAAAUUGUAGAAUUUUGAAAAUAUUCGUCAGCUCAAGAGCUUUUAAAAGGAUAGAUCUUAUAUUAAAUAAUUUCAUAAAUGUUUAAAUGAGGUUUCAAAUGAAUAAAAAAUUGUUUACAAAUAUCGAAAAACUGUAAUUUAUAAUAAUUUAUAAUAGUUUGAUAACAUUUAUGAAGACUACUUGAUUUAAAUAAUUUAAUAAUGUAAAGAGAAAGAAAAAUGA